GAUUCUGACAAACAGUCGUACUUCGUCCUCGGAAUUGUAACCAUUCUGUUCGUCCUAUUUGAAUAAAACCUUUUGUACUAUUUGAAACAUCAAUAUUAAAUACAUUUUUGGGUGCACACAUUUCUACAAAUAUACGUACAUAUAUAUAUUAUUAAAUAGUGCUCAGAAGAGACCUAGUCAGAAAUCAAAAUGUCUGCAGAUUCUAAAGAAGUCGGUGGUUACAAGUUGGGCCCCGUGAUAAUCGAGGGCAAAACUAAGAAGGUCUUCGAUUUGGCACCAGCCCAUAACGACUUGUGUCUCCUGCUCAAUAAAGAUCGAAUCACCGCAGGAGAUGGUGUCAAGGCUCACGAUCUGGUCGGAAAGGCCGCCAUCAGUAACCAGACUACUGCCAAGGUGUUCUCUAUUCUCAACAGUGCAGGUUUGAAAACUGCCUUCGUGAAACAGGCAUCAGACACUGCUUUUAUUGCAAGAAAAUGUGCCAUGGUGCCUAUUGAAUGGGUCACGAGAAGGCUGGCUACUGGAUCUUUCCUGAAACGACAUCCUGGUGUCACGGAAGGCACCAGGUUCUGUCCUGUGAAACAGGAAACCUUUUUCAAAGAUGAUGCCAACCACGAUCCCCAAUGGUCGGAGGAGCAAAUAGUCGCUGCCAAAUUCAAAUUGAAUGGAUUACUCAUAGGUCAAGAUGAAGUCGACAUCAUGCGAGAGACCACCAUCCUGGUUUUUGAAAUUUUGGAAAAGGCGUGGGCUCUCCGAAAUUGUGCAUUGAUCGAUAUGAAAAUUGAAUUUGGCGUUGACGUAGAUGGUCAACUCCUGGUAGCCGACGUCAUCGACUCGGACAGUUGGCGCCUUUGGCCAGCAGGCGACAAACGCCUCAUGGUCGACAAACAAGUCUACAGAAAUCUGACGCAGGUCACCCAGAGCGAUCUGGACACUGUCAAGCACAAUUUCGAAUGGGUCAGAGAUCAGCUCGAUCAUCUGGUGCCUAAGAACGAUGCUCUGGUCGUCAUCCUGAUGGGAAGUCCUUCGGAUAAGGAACACUGCGAGAAGAUCGCUAAGCAGUGCAGGGACUUUGGGUUGCUGGUUGAGGUUCGAGUGACGUCAGCGCACAAGGGCACCAAGGAAACUUUGCAGAUUUUGAGAAACUACGAAGGAGUUGCUAGCAAAUUAGUUUUCAUUGCUGUAGCUGGCAGAUCCAAUGGUCUCGGUCCAGUCCUCUCCGGCAACACCAGCUACCCAGUAAUAAACUGUCCACCAGUAACAUCUGCCAACUCGAGCCAAGACGUCUGGUCCAGUUUGAAUCUUCCUUCGGGUUUGGGAUGUGCCACGGUUUUGUAUCCAGAAGCAGCGGCUCUUCAUGCAGCUUCGAUCAUCGGACUGGACAAUUACUUGGUCUGGUCGAGGUUGAGAGUGAAACAAUUGUACAAUUAUGUUUCGUUGAAAUUGGCUGACAAGGCUUUUAGGAAUAUUAAGGUCUGCUGAAGUGGAACAUACAGAUACAGAUAGGUGCUUAAGUAAUAAUAAUAAUUUGGUUAUACUCAUUAAAAUUGAUUGAAAUUGAUUGAUGAGUAAUGAUUGUUAAUUGUUAUGUUGAUAAUACA